AUGAGUGUUACCGCCGAACAAAAGAAUCUUCUUCAAUCAAAUAUAUCCGUGAUCAAGGAACAUGGUAAAGAAAUAACAACGAAAUUCUAUUCUACAAUGUUCAAAGAACAUCCAGAAAUGCGCAAUUUUUUCAACCAGACAAAUCAAAAAACCGGAAAGCAACCUAUGGCAUUGGCACAAACCGUCUAUUAUUUUGUCGAGCAUCUUGACAAUUUGGAUGUAAUGAUACCUCAGAUGGCACGCAUCUCUAGCAAACAUCGCGCCAUUACGGUUAAACCAGAACACUAUCCUAUUGUCGGCAAGUAUUUAUUGCAAGCAAUCAAAGAACAUAUGGGAGACAAAGCGACACCUGAAUUAAUGGCUGCAUGGCAAGCUGUGUACGAUCUUAUUGCAGCAACCUUCAUAAAAUUGGAGAAGGAAUUGUACGCCAAACUUGGCAGCGAUGAACGCGAUAAAGGUUUCGUUCCAUUCACUAUUGUCAAGAAAGAACCCAUCGCAAGUGGACCGAUUUAUGCUAUAACAUUGGAACGUCAUGAUGGUGGAAAAUUGUUUGAUUAUCAUUCUGCACAAUAUGUUACAAUACGCGUCGAAAAAGGUGGCGUACUUCAUCAUGGACACUACCCUCUGAUUGAUCCAUGUAAUGGUGACACUUAUACUGUGGCUUUUAAACAAGGAAAUGAUCUUGAUCAGAACAGCAUUGUCUCGGAAGAAAUUAUUCGCCACCAUGCAGUUGGCAGCACAAUUUUACUCUCAUCUCCUGCUGGUAGUUUUUCACUCGCCAAGGAUGGCAAACAUCAUUUAUUUGUUAGUGGUGGUAUCGGUAUUACUUCUUUCAUGGCAAUGAUCCAAGAAUUGAACCAACAAGGAAAAGCUGAUUCGGUAUCAUUAAUUCAGUGUGUACGAACCUUAGAACAUGCUGCGUUUGCCGGAAGAUUAUAUAAAAUUCUUUCAAAAAAGCAUUACUUAAUCUUGACUCAAGAAGAACCAAUUUCAAAGACCCAUCUCGAAGAAAAGUUACAUCCAGACACACAUGUCUACGUGGCCGGUUCGGAAGUGUUUCUGUCUAUGGUCGAAAGUGCUCUCGCUGGAGUUUCUCAUCCGAAAUCUCAAAUUCAUAUGAGAUCAAUCGAGCCAACACUUCGUAUAUUAGAAAGUAUUGGUCACAAGUAA